UUAGUAAAAAUACAGUGAUAGGCGAAGUGCGAACUGAGACUGACGCGCCAUGGAUUUUACCGGAAAAGUUGUCAUUGUUACUGGCGCCAGUUCUGGCAUUGGUGCUGCUUCUGCCAAGCUUUUUGCCGCUCACAACGCUCUACUAUCCAUCGUUGGAAGAAACGAGGAAAGACUACUUGCAACGGCCAAGGCUUGCGAGGAAGCUAAAGGGAAUAAACCUUUAUGUAUACUCUUAGAUCUAACCGAACCUGAUAGCUGUGAAAAACUAGUAAGAAAGACUGUGGAUACGUUUGGAAAGAUAAACGUGUUAGUCAACUGCGCUGGAAAAUUAUGCUGUACAUCGCUUUUCGAUAACUCCAUGGAAAUUUUCGAUGACCUAAUCGCGCUUAAUCUUCGGGUGCCUUACAAAUUGACACAGCAAUGUUUACCGCAUAUGCUAAAAACGAAGGGUAACAUUGUGAAUGUGUUCAGUGCGCCUAUGCGGGCACGACCGGGCUUCCUACCAGCUAAUAUGAUUAGAGAUGCCUUAGAAAGAUUUACGAAGUCAAGUGCCUUAGAACUGGCGGCUGAAGGAGUGAGAAUGAACGCAGUAAGACCAGGCUAUACGAGAACGAAUUAUCUGAAGAAUUUGAACGUGGAUGAUGAAAUCAUGGACGAUACUUACGACAUGAUAGCGGAGUUGCUGCCUACUAGGAAGGUUAUAGAGCCGGAGGAAAUUGCUAGGAUGGUAGUUUUUACCGCCAGUGACACGCUGCCUAAUUUGAACUCUGCGCAAAUGGUAGUGGAUGGUUCCGCUUCGCAGUUUUGAAAUG